CCCAAUCUUUUGUAGUUUUUGAGUUGAUUAAGAGUAGACAACCAAAGUUUACACCUUUUUUUUUCCUCCCAACAAAGAAAAAAACAUCACAUAAUUAAAAAGAGAGAGAAAAUGGAUGGAAAGGGGAAAAUAUAUGUAGCAAUUGUAAUAAUAAAAGCCAUAUAUACUGGGAUGUUCUUGCUUUCAAAAGUUGCCUUUGAUGUUGGAAUGAACCCUUUUGUGUUUGUAUUCUAUAGACAAGCUGCUGCUGCUGUCUUCUUAACACCUAUAGCCAUGUUUCUUGAAAGGAAAACAGCACCACCAAUGUCAUUCUUGAUUUGCUUCAAGAUUUUCAUGCUCUCUCUAUGUGGGGUUACAUUGAGCUUGAAUAUUUCUGGAGUGGCACUUAAAUACACUUCAGCAACUUUGGCUGCUGCAACUACUAACAGCCUUCCAGUUACUACUUUUCUCCUUGCAAUUUUACUUAGGAUGGAGAGUGUGAAAAUGAGGACAUGGGGAGGGAUAGCAAAGGUUAUGGGCAUAGUGUUUUGUGCAGGAGGAGCAUUAACAAUAGCAUUUUUUAAGGGUCCAACAAUGAAACUUUUGAUGCAUCAUCAUCUAUUUAGCUAUCAUGGUCAAGUGCAAAACAGUGCUGCUUCUGGCAAUACAUGGAUCAAAGGUGUAUUCCUUAUGUUGCUUGCUAAUGCAUUAUGGGCUACUUGGCUUGUCAUGCAGAACCAAGUUCUCAAGAGUUACCCAUCAAAGCUACUAUGUACAACUCUACAAUGCUUCAUGAGUAGUAUUCAAUCAUUUGUUUUUGCCAUAGCUUUAGCAAGAGAUCCUUCUGAAUGGAGACUUGGAUGGAAUGUUAGACUCCUCUCUGUUGCCUAUUGUGGAAUAGUUGUGACUGGAGUUACAUUUUAUUUACAAGCUUGGGUUGUUGAAAAGAAAGGUCCAGUUUAUAUGGCUAUGACUACACCUUUGGCCUUAAUUUUUACAAUUGCUGCUUCUGCUGUGCUUUUUGGAGAGAUCAUUAGUUUGGGAAGCAUUUUAGGAGGGAUAUUGUUGGUUGGUGGUCUAUACUGUGUACUUUGGGGAAAAUCUAAAGAACAAAAUAUGAAAACUUCAAAUAUUGAAGAUAUUGAAAAGGCAGAGAAUGGAUCAAAGGAAGAAUCAAUCUUGGAGAAACAAUCCUCAACACCAAAUUCAAGAAUCCAACACGCUUGUUCUCCAGCUUAAUUAGAGGUCUCGGAAACAAAAAAUAAUAAUUAAUGUAUGUUUACCGAUGAAAAUAACUUAUUGUUCGUAUAAAAUAAUUAUUGUUCGUGUA